AGUUCAUUGAGUUUAUUCAAGAAAUACAGUUUUAUUAAAAUUUUCCUAACAGAACUAACAACUAAAUGAUUAAGCUUCUCCAGUGUAUUAGGAACAAAUAUCUACUCGAUUCCAGACUUAUGCCAAAACAUGGUUACUAUCAACACUGUAGCAUUCAAAAAAUUAUUAAACAGUUCAAAAAAUUGUUGAUUGUAAUUGCUUUUGUGUGCGUCUUUUUGUGUCUUUUUGUGGAAUACAAAAUACUUUACCUACAAGAAAGUGACGAUUCCUUAGCCCAAAUCGAUGAUGUGGACUAUAGUAUAAGUCGGGCAUACUUUGUGGAUACACCCGGUUGUCGGAUGCCUUAUUUUGAGAUUGUAGACACUUAUAUAUCAAAGUUUUUGUAUAAGCCCAUGUCAUAUUCUUGCAAGAAGCCCUUGAUAAGGGCAAGUGACGACAUUACCGGGGAUCUGCAUCUAAAUAUGCAACCCAAUGAGCUCCUGAGUUACUACAAUGUCAGCGAUAUAACCACGAUAAGUUGUAAAUAUAUGGAAAUACGCAGAAAAACAGAUACCACGAACGAGUUCUUACCCCAAGUUCCAUUCAAGUUGGAGGAGAUAAUGCGUUUGCCUUCGAAUCUGGAAUUCAUUCAAGUGGAAUGCUAUGAUGCAUCGGCUCAUCGAAUUUACGUGGACUAUCAUUUCUUUGGAGUGGAUAAGAACGAAUCCAAAGUUAAUGCACCAACGGGAAAGAACUAUGAGACAGUAAGAUUAAAUGAGAGUGAACCAAUCAGAAAGACGGAGCAACAAGAAGGACUCUCAGUAAUGAUUUUGGGCAUAGACAGUGUUUCCCAUUUAAAUUUCUUGAGGCAAAUGCCCAAGACAUCCACUUACAUCAAGAAACACUUACCCCAUGUGGAAUUCUGGGGCUUUAACAAGGUGGGGGACAACACAUUUCCCAAUUUAAUGCCUUUACUGAGUGGUCUCGAUCAGCAGGAAUUAGAGAUUUCAUGUGCGAAUAGUUCUAAGUCUUCUUUCGAUAGCUGUUCGUUUUUAUGGAAUAAAUUUAAAGAGGCUGGAUACAAGACUCUAUUCGCUGAGGAUGUGGGUGACCUAGCUCUGUUUAAUUUUUGCAGAAACGGAUUUGCAAUAUCGCCAACGGAUUACUACUUUCGACCCAUAAUGCUGGAAAUGGAAAAGAAUAUAGCCAACAAACCUGCCGGGAGCGUGAGCCUUUGUAUGGGCGGACGACGAACCGUCGAUGUUAUUUUGGAAUAUAUGCGCAAACUAAUGCCAAAAUUUAAGAAAGAUCUAUUCUUCUCCUUCUUUUGGACAGUAACCUUAACCCAUGAUUGGCUCAAUACACCGUGGCUUUUAGAUGACCAAAUGACUAGCCAGUUGAGAAAUUUAAAAGAAUCAGGAGUUCUUAAUAGAACGUUGGUUAUUUUUAUGUCCGAUCACGGUAUUCGAAAUGGACUGUUUCGAUUGACUUACCAGGGCAUAAUGGAGGAGCGACAACCUCUUUUGAUGGUUCUGUAUCCGGAUUGGCUGGCCGAACGAUAUCCGGAGGCAGUGGCCAAUCUACAAUUAAAUUCCAAGAGAUUAACCACACCUUUCGAUCUCCAUUCCACAAUGUUGAAUCUGCUUGAUAUCCGAAGUCUUGAAAAAGAUCAACUCCAGAAAAGAGCUGUUGAGCUGAAUGAUCCAGAUAAGCUACCCCGCGGCAUUAGUCUAUUUCUGCCAGUUCCAGUGGAGAGGACAUGCGAGCAGGCGACUAUUGCCUCUCAUUGGUGUACCUGUCAUGAGCGAAAGGAGUUGCCAACGAUCGAUGGUCGAGUGCAAAGAGCCGCACGUUAUUUAGUGCGACUGAUUAAUGAUCGGCUUAGGUCCCAUUCGCAAUGCCGCACACUUUAUCUCAAUUCCAUUCUGAAGGCUUUUAUAGCGACUCCAAAUCGACAGAUUUUGAAAGAAUCCGAAAAUGAUUAUGCUGUGGACAUACUUGUGAGACUUCAAACUAAACCGGGCUUGGGCAUUUUUGAGGCCACUGUGAGAAUUUCAGAGAUUUCCAUUAAUCCAACAGGCACGAUCAGUCGCAUCAAUCUGUACGGCAACCAAAGCUAUUGCAUAAAUGACCCAAUUUUAAAAAUGUAUUGUUAUUGUCUAAGCUAAUAACUUUUUAAACAAUAAAUAUUAUAUACUACAUAUGAAUACACACAUA